ACCUACCAACCAAAAGCCAUUGCUUAAUUGCUGAGAUGAGGCUAGGAAAGAAGGUUCAGCCUGCUAAGAGAGCUUGGAAGAAGUUCUCCACAAAACUCAAACUCAAUAAUAUUCCUAAAGCCAUCAAAGCCACCUUUAAACACAUCACUCGUAGAACACCACAUGCUGCUUCUUCUAACCACCAUGUUGAUUUGAUUGCCAACGAGGGAGGGGAAUCAAGCAUGGAGGAGGACAUAGAAACUAUUGAGGAUGCAUGGAAGAUUGUAGUUGCUAAGUCAUCUCAUGACGAUCCGAUGCAGGACGAGGACGUGGAUCAGAAAGCAGAGGAGUUCAUCAGCAAGUUUUAUCAAGGUAUCAGGAAAGAGAUGUCUCUGCUAGAGUGGAAUCCCCGCAGAUGAUCAUGCCUACUAUCUCUUUUCCUUUUCAUUCAUAGUAACAUGUGUGUGGAACAUUUGCUUUUCUUAAUGUUCUUCAUUUUUGGUUUUGUUAGGAAUUAUUUUUCCUUUCAUCGAUCCUGUUUUAAAUUUAAUUGUUCAUCAUCUCAUAGCUCUAAGGAAACAUGUGAUCGAUCAAUUCAAUUGUACAGGUGU